UUGGUGGUGAAAAAAACAACAACGCCAAGAACAUCCACGUUAUCAACAGAUUGUGGGCAGGGGAAAUGAUCAGAAACUCAAGGAUGUGUUAGCAGAUUGAGGUUUGUUCAGAUUGUCAGAUAAGAGGGCUUUGCAAUCCACAGGGAAUCAGGACAGCAGUUUGUUCAGCUCUUCACACAAGUUACCCAGCUCUAGUAGCCGAUAGAUCACUCUCACAGACUAACUGAUGCAUAUACUCUAAUUACAUGCUGGAAUAUAAUAGUGUUGACUGCUGCCGAAGCUUAAAACAAGUCGGUUUUGUUGACAGUUUGACAGAUAAGACAAUAUAUAACCAUGUGAGCAGAAACUGAAAGUUGGUUUUCCUCAGGGUAAGGUUUCCAUCAGAAUGCUGCAGAAAACUCCAUCUGACGUUUUCCAUAAAAUCCUUAAAUAUUCAGAAGGCUCUCUUAGCUGCAGCUAUACACAAAUUCGGCGAAACCCGGAAGUAAAGUAGUGGCGCCAUUACUGCGGUGCUCUGCUGCUAAGGAAGUAGCAGAAAAGUAGCUUGUUGUUGGUCCCGCAGCGGCUGUUGCAGACGUUCGCUGCAAGUUUACAAGCGAGCUUAGAUGCAAAAAGUUUGUCCAUUUUUUUUUUUUUGAACGAUGCCGGGGAGAACAUGUUGUGUUUUCGGCUGCUUUAACAGCAGUGCAAAAAUACAGGCCUGGAAUAAGACUGUUUGUGAAAUUCACAAACCUUUGCUGCACCUAGACUGCCCGUGUUUACGGCCUUAUGGAUUACACAGAUUUCCUGGUCGAGCGGAGGACCAAGAUGUGCGUCAAAAGUGGAUGAAAUACAUAAACCGAAAUGGCUUCACAGCAAACAAGAAUACUGUGGUGUGUGGGAUACAUUUUCCUGACGGACAACCCACAAGAGAAAAUCCAUAUCCUGUGUUGUUCAUGGGCUAUGAUUGUCAUGUAACUCCAGCUAGACCUCCACCCAGAAAAAGAUGUCUUCAGCCACUACACCUGAACUCAGCUAUUGAACCAAUGGAAACAGAUGUGGAUGUUGGAAAUUUGGAAAAUUUGCCUCUGCAAACACCUGAUGUUGGAAUCCAGUGGCCAGAUCACAUGGACCACAACUACAGUUUCAGCAGCGUUCAGAACAAAUGGCAGCUUUGUAACCUAGAGAUGAACUCCAGUCUGGACCAAGCAGAACCAGAAUCCCAGAUCCAAGAGACACCAGAAGAACUGUGCAGUAAUCGGGAGGGAGAACAGCUGAUCCUGAACCAGGACCCGCAUGUGAAGCUGGAGAUUGAGUCGGAUUUGUUGGAUCAUCGGCUGGGGAACAUCAUCAGGAUUCCUGUAAUAAAGCUGCAAAGAAUAGACCUCUCAGAGAAAAACAUCUGUAAGGAGGAGACUGAUGAUGAGCAGCUUCUCUGGAAGCAGGAGAGGAGCUCCAGUCUGGAUGAAGAGGAACCAGAGCUUCCACUGAUCAAAGAGGAGCAGAGGGAGGAGGAACAAUUCAUCAGUGAGGAAGGAGAGGAGCUGGAACUGAAGGAGGAGACUGAUGCUGUCAUGGUCACUGAGGAUGAUCAGGAAAACAUGGACUUCAAACCAGAACCAAACCUCUCAGAGAAAAACAUCUGUAAGGAGGAGACUGAUGAUGAGCAGCUUCUCUGGAAGCAGGAGAGGAGCUCCAGUCUGGAUGAGGAGAAACCAGAGCUUCCACUGAUCAAAGAGGAGCAGAAGGAGGAGGAACAAUUCAUCAGUGAGGAAGGAGAGGAGCUGGAACUGAAGGAGGAGACUGAUGCUGUCAUGGUCACUGAGGAUUAUCAGGAAAACAUGGACUCCAAACCAGAACCAAACCUCUCAGAGAAAAACAUCUUUAAGGAGGAGACUGAUGAUGAGCAGCUUCUCUGGAAACAGGAGAGGAGCUCCAGUCCGGAUGAAGACAAACCAGAGCUUCCACUGAUCAAAGAGGAGGAGGAGGAACAAUUCAUCAGUGAGGAAGCAGAUCAGCUUGAAAUGAAGGAGGAAAAUGAUGCUUUCAUGGUCACUGAGGAUGAUCAGGAAAACAUGGACUCCAAGCUAGAACCAAGUGAGAGCCCAGUUCUGAAAGCUAACCCUCAUAUCCAGUGCAGUGAUUCUGUGACUGUUCAGCUGGACUGUCCUUCACAUAAGAGCUUAUUUUGGUGUGGACCCUGUGGGAAAGUUUUUACACGACGUUCUAAUUUGAAGACUCACAUGAGAAUACACACAGGUGACAGGCCCUUUACAUGUAAAGUAUGUGAAAAACAAUUUACUAAAAGUAGCAUCUUAAAUGUCCACAUGAGAACUCACACUGGUGAGAAGGCUGUUUCUUGUGAUGUAUGUGGAAAAGGUUUCAUGCAAAGUGCAAACUUACAAGUCCACAUGAGAACUCACACAGGGGAAAGACCCUUUACAUGUAAAGUAUGUGAAAAAAGUUUUACUAAAAGCAGCAUCUUAAAUGUCCACAUGAGGACUCACACGGGUGAGAAGCCCUUUUCAUGUGAGUUCUGUGGACAAAGUUUCACUACAAGGAGUGUCUUAAAAGUUCACAUCAAAACUCACACAGGUGAAACGCCUUUUUCAUGUCAAAUCUGUACCAAGAUUUUCACAUACGCAAGGAAUUUAACCUAUCACAUGAGAACUCACACAGGUGAAAGGCCUUUUCUUUGUCAAGUAUGUGAAAAAGGUUUCAUUACAAGUAGUCACUUAAAAGUCCACAUGAGAAUUCACACAGGUGAGAGACCUUUCAACUGUGAAGUAUGUGAAAAAGGUUUUACUAAAAGUAGCGACUUAAAAGCUCACAUGAGAACUCACACGGGUGAGAGGCCUGUUUCCUGUGAAGUAUGUGGAAGAUGUUUCUCUACAAGGAGCGUCUUAAAAGCCCAUAUGAGAACUCACACAGGUGAGAAGCCUUUUUUAUGUGAAAUUUGUAAGAAAGCUUUUAAACAUGCAAGGAGUUUGAAACAUCACAUGAGAACUCACAUCACUUAAAGACCUUUUA